AUGAAACAGCCUCCUCAGUCAGACUCAGUUCGGCACGCUGUGUGCUCAGGGAGUCGGGCGUACCUUGGAGUGGUGGCUCAGGCUCGCUCGGUGCUGGCCUGGCACGGCCGCUACAGCUUCUGCCCGACGUGCGGCAGCGGCACCAGGAUGGAGGAGGCCGGGUACAAGAGGAGCUGCCUGAACCCGGACUGCAGGAGUCUGAAGGGAGUCCACAACACCUGCUAUCCACGAGUCGACCCCGUGGUCAUCAUGCUGGUGAUCCACCCCGAUGGAAACCAGUGUUUACUGGGAAGGAAGAAGGUGUUCCCAACUCGACUCUUCUCCUGUCUGGCUGGAUUUGUAGAGCCUGGCGAGUCGAUGGAGGAGGCGGUGAGGAGGGAGGUGGAGGAGGAGAGCGGCGUGAAGGUGGGGCCGAUCGCCUACGUCUCCUGUCAGCCGUGGCCGAUGCCGUCCUCGCUCAUGAUUGGCUGCCUCGCCGUCGCCAUAUCGACCGACAUCAAAGUGGACGAGAGCGAGAUCGAGGACGCUCGGUGGUUCACGCGACAGCAGGUGACGGAGUCUCUGCUUAAAGGUCCCCGCCCGGUCCUCGCCGUCCCGCCCCGACAGACCAUCGCCCACCAGCUGAUCAGACACUGGAUUGGGAUGAACUCCAACCUCUGAGCGGCUCGGACACACGGCACGAUAAAAACACAACUCUGAACUGUUCCUGGUUUACUGGAAGAGACGAGGAUCAUCAUCAGACCGCAGACGACACGACCGUCUCCACUAUACAUGACACCGAACGACUCAGCACGCCACAACACAACGUGACACGAAAGACUUGGCAGGAAACCACUAGACACGAAAUACCUCGCCGUAACACGACACGACACGACAAGACGAGACUCUGAACGGCACGAGUUAAAGGAACAGGACACAAAAGAUUGUUAAG